CCACCAAAGUCAUUAUUCCCCCACGCCCUCUAAUCUUUCAUUUCCCAUUUACCAUUCGCCAUUUAUUGUUCUUUCAAAUUUUGAUCGUUGAUCUCACCAUUCAGGAGGGGUGUGACCUGAGAACAAACACUGAUUGGCGCCUGAAAGAACCAUGUUGAGAAGACUAUUUUUCCAGCUCCGAACUCUCGCCCCGACUCGAUCCGCCCCCAGACCCACCCGAUUUAUUUGCUCUCCGACUCAAGCACCGGUCCGACAGUCUUUGCUCAUCGUCUCUCGCCAAUUUAGUGCUGAAUCUGGCAAUGUGACUACAAAGAAAAAGGUCGAGGAUGUAAUGCCUAUUGCUACGGGUCAUGAGCGUGAAGAGCUUGCAGCUGAGCUUGAAGGAAAGGACCUUCUGGAAAUUAACUAUCCGGCUGGUCCUUUUGGAACGAAGGAAGAACCUGCUGUCAUAAAGUCUUACUACGACAAAAGAAUUGUGGGAUGCCCUGGUACUGAAGGCGAGGACGAACAUGAUGUUGUUUGGUUCUGGCUAGAGAAGGGCAAACCACAUGAAUGCCCAGUAUGCUCACAGUACUUUGUGUUGGAAGUGGUUGGCCCAGGUGGACCUCCCGAUGGACAUGGCGAUGAUGACGACGACCAUCACUGACUAUUGUUGGGAUUUUUUGUGCCACGUAAAUCUGGUAAUAUGUUGAGAAUUUGCAUAGUAUAUUCUUCAGCUUGUGGAUUCAAAAGCUGUCUUUUGCUUGCAUUUGAUGAAUCUGUCAUUAUGGUUGCUUUGGCUACGAUGGAAUCUGCUAGCCUUUCUUGAAAUUUCUUUAAGAUUUUAACAUUGUCCAGUCGUCGGACUUUCAGCAUUUCUUAGGCAUAACGAAAUAAUUUAUGGCUAUAUUCAUUUAUAAUGCAUAUGGCAUUCUUUUUUCUCUAAAUUAAA